UCUUCCAAAUUUUUACAUCAACUCUAGGGUUUUUGUAUUUUGAAAAGUCUUUUAAUCAAGCAUCAUCUUUUUCUCAAUUUAGUGAUAUAUAUAAAAUGGUUGAACUCUUGUUUCUUCUAUCUUUUUUGGUGGAGCUACAAAGUAAUUGCUUCCAUAUGAAUUAUCUUGAGAGCAUUAAAAUGAAACAAGGCGUUGUGAGUUUUGUUUCAUUGCUUUUUAAAAAACCAGUUUCAUGGUUGUCUUUUCUUGCACCACCACUUCUUCACAUCAUAGGACUUGGGUUCUCGCAAAUCCUUUUUACCUCAGCUGCUGCUUUGGUCUUCUCAUCUUACUUCUUCCCUCUCUCAAUCCAAACACCAAACUCCAAGGUUCAAGAUCUUAGUACUCAACUAGAGUACUCUAUAGAAGAGAGUGAAGUAUCUACUACGACCACUGAUCAUGAUCAUAUUGCCAAAGAUAGUGGCGAAGACGACGGGACAAUCCCUGAUGAGGAGAGCCUCAUAGAGCUCUCCUUACCAAGUGGUCAUUACGUUGGCCACCACUACAGUACUAUCAUUGGACAAGAAAAUCAAAAGAUCAUGUACAACGACGUUCAAGAUUUCAAGCUUAUCCAACUAUCAGCCGAGUAUGAAGACGAUAAUCUGAUCGAAAUCGACAUUUCCAUUGGAUCCAUCAAGUGUUCAAGAUCUCUCCGUUUACGGGGUUUUUCUGCUUACAAGAUAUAGAAGUGAUACCACUCCUAGUCAAAUACCAAAUGAGACAUAAAAAAAAAAGCUUUUGUGACAGAUUCAUAAUUUAAACUAUUAAUCAGAUUUCAUGUUUCGAACAAAAAGUUUGUAUCCCUAAGUCCCAUCAAAGUGGGAGGUUAUGUAGUAGAUAAGUUGAAAUUCGAUUAAA